UGCAGCCAUGCAGAGAGGAGGACUGGUGCUGGUGCUGAUCUCAGGUUGUGUCAUGGUGGCCCGGCUUCAGUCGGUCGAUCUGAUCAGACAUUUCUACGUCAUUGAGGAGUCAAAGAGCUGGACGGAUGCUCAGAGUCACUGCAGGGACAAAUACACCGACCUCGCCACCAUCCAGAGUCUGACCCAGAACCACGAGGCCCACAACCUGGCGCUGACAGGAGGACCAUUCUGGAUCGGACUCUUCAACUGCAGCUGGAAGUGGUCCGGGGAGGACCGCUUGGCUGAGAUGGAAGACGCGUUCGAGAACUGGGAUGGAGGAAAUCAGGAGCUGCUGUGUGGGACUCUAUCUAAGGACAGAAAGUGGCGCUCAGCAGACUGCACGGACCAGAACUACAUGUUCUGUUCCAACGAGGCGGAUUCAGAGCUGGAUGUAGAGAGGGAUCAGUUGCUGGAUGUAGAGACGGAUCAGUUGCUGGUCUCCACUGGUUCAGCUGAAGACCAAAAACACAUCCUGGUGCAACGAACGAUGAGCUGGGCGGAGGCUCAGAGGCACUGCAGGGCCGAUCACACCGACCUGAGCAGCAUCAGGAGCAAGGAAGAGAACAGCGACCUCUCCAGUCGGCUGCAGAACCUGAAUACAGUAGACAAAGCGUGGAUAGGUUUGCACCGAGACUGCUGGACCUGGUCUGACGGGAGCGGCCCCCCCUUCAGGAUGUGGGCAGGUAAACUGUCUUCGGACGAGAACAAAGACUGCGUGGUAAUGGGCUCGGAUGCUAGGUGGACCUCUGAAGACUGCACCAAGGACUACGGCUUCAUCUGUUACCAAGAUAAGAGACACACAGCGCUGAGGUCGGUGAAGGUCCGGCUGAGGGCAGGAUCUGCAGACCUGAGCGACCCGGAGCUGCAGGACGCCAUCUUGAGACAGCUGCAGCAGAAGCUGGAGGUGGCAGGAGUCACACAGGGGGUGAAGCUGAGCUGGAGGAGGCAGCCUGACAGGAGCAUCUUCACCAAGGAGGAAGAGGAGGAGUAGGAAGAGGAGGAGCCGUGUGAAGCGCAGAGACCUGGAAACAUGUGACCGUCUGCUGCAGUUCAUAGGAGCCCAGAGGGGACAGAUUGUAGGCAUGUGUUUGGGAAUGUCUCGACAGUUGGAGACUGUUUAUUCAAAGAGUGUGUAUCUGAUGUAUCUUAAUUCAA